AUGUAAUCUUAAUGUGUAAAAUCUCAUGGAAAUAUACUUCUAGAUUAUUAUAAGAGUCUUGAAUAGGAGGAUUGGAAUAUCAAUUUGACAGAAUAUUAAACACUAGUGGAUUUUCGAUUAAGUUAGAAUGUGAUAACAUUUAUAGAAAUAGAAAACUUUUAUGCUUUUGAGGAUUAAAAGUAAGUGUAAAUAAUAAUGAUAGGAAUUUCGUUUUAAUGCAUAGUCAAACAUAAUGGACAGAUUAAGAAUGGAAAGUAUUGAUUUGGAUAGUGAUAUCAUAUUGUAAAAUGAAUAAGAUUAAUGUUUAAAAAUUGGUAUGUGUAAUUAGGUAUUUUAGUGUGAUUGGGAGAUGAUUGGAUAGUUGAUAAAAUUCAAAAAUGGUUUAAAUUGUUAGUAUAAAUGGCUAUGUCAUUUAAUAAGAAAAGAGGAUAGAUUAUAAUGGUGUUAAGAAGAAGAAGAGCUAUUAAAAGAAGAAGUGGAAAGUAGUAACAAUUUAAAAUGGAAUGAAAUACAAUUUUAAAUAUUCAUGAAAUCAAAUGGGAGAUAUUUUAAGAAAGCCAAAUAAUGUAGAGAGAGAUGGAAUAACUAUUUAGAUCCAUAAAUAAAUAGGUAAAAUUUAAGAGAGUUUUUUAUUAGAAGUAAUUGGAAACCAGAAGAAGAUUUAUUUUUAAUGAAACUAUCUUAAUCUGAAGGUUUAAAAUGGUCUAAGAUUUCUUAAAAGAUGAAAAAUAGAACAGAAAAUUAAGUUAAAAAUAGAUUCAAAAGUCUAAUAAACAAGGAAACUAAAGAACAAUAAUAAUAAUUAGAUAUCAGUAUUCUAAUAAAUAAUAUAAUCUAAAAAUUAGUUAUCCAAUAGUAUAAGACUACUGAAUUUAUACAAGAAGAAAAACCAUUAAAAGUAAUCUGUUUAGAUAGUAAUAUUAAUUACAUAUAAUAAUAAUAAUAUUGGAUAUACUAAUAUCAAUAUUUCUUAGCUUAACAAUAAUAUUAAAUGUGCUAUAGUUAUUAUUAAGGUGGAUAAUAAUCUAUGAAAAAUGAAGAUGCAUUAUCAUAAAAGAUGUCCAGAUCUAAUAGUUUUUGUGGAUUGUUAGAUAAAUUAUCUUUAGAUUCAAAAUCUUGGACAUAAGAAUUAAAUAAAUAAUAUGUUUAGGAAAUUGAAGUUCCUAUCAAUAAUCUUACUAAAUCAUAAUAAUUUAUUAACAUUCCAAAUUUCAUUUCAGAUAAUUAAGGAAAACUUAAAUCCAAUAAAUAAAGAUUCAAGUUUUCUUCAGGAGAUUAAUGA